AUGUCUUCAACGGACAUAGACGAAGCAUCUGCAGCAUUAAUUGCAGAACUCUAUGCAGAAGACCUCGAACUAUUGGAUCAACCCAUCGGCAGUUCGUUUCAAGAUUAUGAAGAUCCUGUGACCCACGAUGAACCCGAAAGCCCUCAAUCUUCAGCAUGGGGAGUGCUCGAAUCGCCCAUUGUUGAGUCUCCGGCAGGACACGCUGAAGAGGAGAAUUUGGAUGGCAACUGGAAUAGGACAGCAAUCCGGGGAGUAGAUGACAGUGAUGAUGAAGAGACGGAAAGUGCAGAUGAGGAGACUUGUGGUGCAGAUGGAGAGACGGCUGGUGAAAAUGAUAAUCUUGCGAAUAUCGAAAACCAAAGCACACCGAUGAAAGCUGUGGCGACUGACACGUCGCUUGAUUAUAAUACCAUCGUUGAUGGCGUUGUAGAUCCAAUGGGUGACGAUCAAGCACCUUUGUCAUCGGAGGCCAAGAGAAAGGGCAAAGCAACUAUCCACGACGCAAUCGAAGAUGUCGGCAAAUAUCGCGGAGUCACAGUAAAUGAACAAGGUCUUUCCCAUGAUAGCAAGGGAACAUUCGCUGCCUUACCUGACGCAACGGACGCUAAACGAGGAAAGAACAAAGGCAAGCAUAGCUGGGAGCCUCGACCCCGCCCGCCGCCUUCUCUUGACCCAAAUUCUAACAAACCUGGGGCACGAGAUGAAUGCGAAUUUGAUCAUUGCUUUGAGCCCUGUCGCAGACGCUACGACCCCACCACCGGUGGCACAAGCCUUCACAUAACCAUUCCAUGGUCCUUCUCAGCCGCCAGGCUGGGCAUCGUGUACAAUGAGCAAGAUGACGACGAAGGGAGGAGAGGCUAUCGUCGUAGACGGGAGCGUAGCUAUGAACCAGUCAAAGUGCAUGAGAUUUUCCUCGACGAUCUACCGCCAGAGCCAAAGAACGCGGAGGGAAGACUUAGCGGCUUGACCGAACACCUGCGAAGUUUGGACGUGGCCUCGAACAAGGAUGCAGACUUGGCUGAAGACACUCCUCAAGACACUCAUGGUGAGAUGACGCAGCAAUCGCAAGCUCAGGCCACAGCUCAAGGCAAUGAGGUGGCGGGAGAGCCAGCUACGUUAUGA